CCCCCCUUCCCUUCUCCUCACACCUCACCAGCCCCCGAGGAAGAUGAUCAUUGAGAACCUGGACGCCUUCAAAUCGUGGCUGUCAAGGGCACUGGACCCCAUCUGUGAUGCUGACCCCUCGGCUUUAGCGAAGUAUGUGGUGGCUUUAGUUAAGAAAGACAAACCGGAAAAGGAACUGAAGGCUUUGUGUGUGGAUCAGUUGGAUGUGUUUCUGCAAAAAGAAACCGUUGGUUUUGUGGAUAAACUCUUUGACGCUUUGAGCGCAAAGAACUACGUGCCACCGUCAGAACAGCUUGUCCAGGAGGCGUCAAAGCAAGAAACAAAGCCCCCUUGGCAAGAGGAAAAGAAAGAAAUUCCCUCCCUGUUUGACGAGGACCUCGUUGUAAGAAGAAGUUUAUUAAAGAAAAGCCACAGUCCUUUCAAAGUCGGGUUGGGGUUGGUUGAUAACAGAAAUCGCGAGGACAAAAAACGCGACGAGCGACGGCGCCGGGAUUUCGAACGAUAUUCUCACAACCGAGAUCCCUAUCGCGAGCGGUACGAUCGGCGUAGAGGUAGGAGUUACAGCCACAGUCCGAGCGGGAACACAAAUCGUAGCCGCAGCCAAAGUAAAGAUAGGACCCGGGACCAUGGGCGCAGCAAUAGCACCAGCAAAGAGCAACAUAAAGAGAGGUCGAAGUUUGAAUUAGAGCGAAACGAGGGCUCAGAGAACAUGUACGUUCCCAGCUCCACAUCGUCCAACAGUUCAGCCGAACAGUAUUUCUCUGGAGGACACGCUGCUGCUGCCAGCACAGUGACUGUGGUCGCUCCUGCCCACCACCCCGACAACACAACAGAGAGCUGGUCUAGUUUUUACAACAACCACAUGGGCACAAAUUCCUUCAGCAGAAAUGCGGGCCCCAAGCGCCGGUGCAGAGACUAUGAUGAGAAAGGUUUCUGCAUGCGUGGUGACCUCUGCCUCUUUGAUCACGGCAACGAUCCACUUGUAGUGGAGGAUGUGACUCUACCUGGAAUGAUUCCUUUUCCUCCGCCACCUCCAGGCUUGCCUCCGCCAGGCCACCAGCUGCCACCACCUGGGCACCACUUGCCUCCGCCCUUACCCGGUCCCCCUCCAAAUCUGAGGUUACCCCUUAUACCGCCACCCGGACAGCCGCCACCUCCUGGCAUCCAUCCUGUUACCGGACCACAUCCAAUUCCAAAGAGCAAUAUAGACGGCAUUGAAGUGUCUGGGACUAGUACAGUCCCCUCACUGCCACUCCCAGGAUUAAGACCCCCACCUUUACCUCAGUAUCCACCCUAUGCGACUUCAGAAUCGUCAAGCUUUGUGGAGGUUGAACUACAUUCAGAGAUUAAAUUCACUGACAAACAGAGAAUUAUACAUGUUCAUCGCCAAGAUAACUAUGAGCCUGAUGGAUAUAACCCAGAGGCUCCCAGCAUAACUGGGGGAGCUAGGCCUCAGUAUCGACACUACAUCCCACGGGUUCAGACUGAGCGCCCUAAUCUAAUCGGGUUAACGUCCAACACUAUGGAUGGUUGUUCACGAGUGCCUGUAAAGAUUAUCCAGGCUGAGACGUCUGCCACAACGGUGAUGAACAAUAAUGUUGCACGGGUCGUUAUCGAGCCAGAAUCCCGAAAAAGGACCGUGGUGCAUCUGGAUGGGCCUCCGAUGAAGAAACCUUGGAUGGAAAAGCCAAACUUUAACCAUCAGAACAAGCAGGGCUUUCAGAAGAAACCUCCGCACACCUACGAUAACACAAAGCUGGAGGUUCGCAAAAUCCCCAGGGAAAUGAACACCAUCACACAGCUCAAUGAGCAUUUCAGCAAAUUUGGUACAAUUGUCAACAUUCAGGUUGCCUUUGGUGGAGAUCCUGAAGCAGCGCUCAUCCAGUACUCGCAGAACGAGGAGGCCAAACGGGCCAUUUCCAGCACCGAGGCAGUAUUAAACAAUAGGUUUAUUAGGGUGUACUGGCACAGGGAGAACAAUGGAGUUCAGCAGUCACAGCAACAUCAACAUCACCAUCACCACCAAGUACAGUCACAGCAGUCAACAGUAUUGCAACACAGCUCCGUUCAUAAGAUAUUAAACCGGAAUCAAAGUCCAGGGUCUUUUGUUCUCACAAAUACACCAAGGAAACAACGAUUGGGGUCGUUGGGUGGAAGUCAACAGGAUGGGACGCAAACUAGUCCAAGCCAGCCUGGUGGUAUUGGAGAGGGUUCACAGGGACCGCCUUCUUCCACAAGCCUAGUAAAACCAGGAUAUAGUGCAGCUGCCGUCAAGACGACCCCCAAAUCCUCUGUUACAGUCAGUAAAGGGCUCGAAGCCAAAGAAGCCCUGAAGAAAAAACAGGAAGCUUUAAAGUUGCAACAAGAUAUGAGAAAAAAGAAGCAAGAAAUGUUGGAAAAACAAAUCGAGUACCAGAAGGUAUUAAUUUGCAAGCUGGAAAAAAAUAAAACGAUGAAAAAGGAAGAACGAGCCAAAAUAAUGAAAACCAUUAAAGAUUUGACGGAAAGAAUAUCGCAGCUGCGAGAUGAACUGAAAGCAACAUCUCCAUCAACAUCUUUACCAUCACAGCUCAAAUCAAAGUCUGAUGCACAGAAAGAGUUACUGGACGCGGAACUGGAUUUCCACAAGAAGCUGAACUCUGGGGAGGACACCACGGAUUUGCGGAAAAAACUGAACCAGCUCCAACUCGAGGCCGCACGGUUGGGAAUUCUUCCCGGAGGCCGUGGCAAGGCUUUGCUGGCGCGAGGUCGCGGGCGAGGCCGAGGCCGGAGUGUGAGGGGGAGAGGAGCGCAGAUGCACAUGGUGGUCGAUCACAGGCCCAAGACACUGACCGUGUUUGGCUUCACAGAGGAGGAAAAGGAGGAGUUAAUGCCACAUUUCUCAAAAUUUGGGGAAGUGGAAGAUCUUCAGGAUGAUAUCCCUCUGAGUGUUAGACUAACAUUCAAGUCAAGAAUUGAAGCAGAAAAUGCUGCCAAUCAGGGAGCAAAGUUUAAAGGAAGAAACCUUCAGAUCUCCUGGUACAAGACAAAAGCACCUUCAGUAUCAACGGAAGCAGAGGAGGAGGAAACAAAAGAAGAGCUCCAGGGACACCGUCAGGAAGGAGGUCACUGAUGAGGAAUCUAUAGCUGUAAUACAGCAAGGCAUUUGAUGCAUAAAGCAAUUAACUGGAAAAGCCCAGCACUUGUAGGACUGUAUUAUGGCACAUACUCCAUUCAAUGUAUAACGCACUGUUCUGGAAAAGAAAGUCAAGUAGGGAAAAUGUGAAAUGCAGUGGAUUUAAAAUAAUAACAAUAAUAAUAAAAAAGCGGGCAUCAUAUAUUACAUACCCCUCCCACUCAGCUCCCCUCCCCCCCUCAAAAAAAACAAGACGAAGCUGAUAUUGUGAUGCAUGCAUGUACAGUAUGUAUGUAGUAGAUAAAUUUAUGUACCAAAGAAUCUUGAAAUAAAACAUUUUGUUGCUGUUGUUUUGGAA